CGCCGUCCGCGAUGCCGACACCGCCUCCGCGGAAGAAGCGCCUGGUCCGCGCAGGCCUCCUCGCCGCCGCGGCCGGUUACUUCGCCUUCGUCCUCCUCUUCGAGCUGCCCCUGCUGCCCUUUCUGGCGUCGUCCUCCCCCGCCGCCACCACCUCCUCCUCCUCCUCCUCGCUCCCCUUCCAGCACCCGCGCCGGCGGGAGCUGGAGGCCGCGGCGGCGGCGUUCACGUCCCCGUUCUCGCCCGCCCGCCCCUCCAAGCGGGCCUUCCCCGCCGCCGCCGCACCGGCCCCGGGCUCCACGCCGCGGCUCCCGAUCUUCUCUUCCCUCCUCCUCCUCCCGCGGCCCAAUGCCACGGCCACCCCCUUCGACAACACCGCCGCCGACGCCUUCGCCGCGGCCAAGCCGCACCUCGCCCACCUCCAGGCCACGGCCAACCCCACCGCCGCGUCUGCGCCCGCGUCGUCGCCGCCGCCGACCUGCCCCGCCUCGGUCGCCGUGCACCGGGAGCAGCUCCCCUACGACGGCGUCCGCGUGGUGGAGCUCCCCUGCGGGCUGGCGGUGGGCUCCCACGUCACCGUGGUGGCCCGGCCCCGGCCCGCCCGGCCCGAGUACGACCCCAAGAUCGCCGAGCGCAAGGACGGGGAGGCCGCGGUCAUGGUGUCGCAGUUCAUGGUCGAGCUGGUCGGCACCAAGGCCGUCGACGGGGAGGCGCCGCCCAGGAUCCUGCACUUGAACCCCAGGAUCCGCGGGGACUACAGCCGGAAGCCCGUCGUCGAGAUGAACAGCUGCUACCGGAUGCAGUGGGGACAGUCGCAGCGCUGCGAGGGCUUCGCCUCCCGCCCCGUCGAGGACACCGUUGACGGGCAACUCAAGUGUGAGAAAUGGAUCCGUGACGAUGACAGCAAGUCAGAGGAAUCAAAGAUGAAAUGGUGGGUCAAGCGUUUGAUUGGCAGGCCUAAGGAUGUCCGCAUCAUUUGGCCAUACCCAUUCACGGAAGGCAAGCUAUUUGUUAUGACUUUAACAGCUGGUUUGGAAGGUUACCAUGUUAAUGUUGAUGGGCGGCAUGUUGCUUCGUUUCCUUACCGCACUGGUUACUCUCUUGAGGAUGCAACUGCAUUAUCCCUGAAUGGAGACAUCGAUAUUGAGUCGAUUUUUGCUAGUUCUCUACCCAAUUCGCAUCCAAGCUUCGCUCCCGAGCGAUACCUUGAGAUGUCUGAACAGUGGAGAGCUCCACCUCUGCCCACUGAACCUGUUGAGCUUUUCAUCGGCAUUCUUUCUGCAGCCAGCCAUUUUGCUGAGCGUAUGGCUGUAAGGAAAUCGUGGAUGAUGUAUACAAGGAAAUCAUCCAAUGUUGUAGCUCGGUUCUUUGUGGCUCUGAAUGGAAAGAAGGAGGUUAACGCAGAGCUCAAGAAGGAGGCAGAGUUCUUCCAGGACAUUGUCAUAGUGCCUUUUAUCGAUACCUAUGACCUCGUUGUGUUGAAGACCGUUGCCAUUGCUGAGUAUGGGGUGCGCGUCGUCCCUGCAAAGUACGUAAUGAAAUGCGACGACGACACAUUCGUGAGGAUCGAUUCGGUACUGGAUCAAGUGAAGAAUGUUGGAAACGAUAAAAGCGUUUACGUAGGGAGUAUAAACUACUUCCAUCGACCACUAAGAUCUGGCAAGUGGGCAGUAACGUACGAGGAAUGGCCUGAAGCACUGUAUCCGAAUUAUGCUAAUGGACCUGGCUACGUAAUUUCAUCCGAUAUUGCUCGCUACAUCGUGUCCGAAUUCGACAACCAGACGCUUCGGCUGUUUAAGAUGGAGGAUGUGAGCAUGGGCAUGUGGGUGGAGAAGUUCAACAGGACGCGGCGGGCGGUGGAGAUCCGGCACGACGUGCGGUUCUACCAGUCGGGCUGCUACAACGGCUACUUCACGGCGCACUACCAGUCCCCGCAGCACAUGAUCUGCCUGUGGCGGAAGCUGCAGUCCGGGAGUGCCCGGUGCUGCAACGUCAGAUGACGCAUUGCGAGAGAGAGCCUGAUUUUGUACUCUUUCUUGAUCAAAGAGGAGAGAAACAGAUGGUGGUGGACGACGGGUCGGCAGCCCGUAAGCGCAGCUCUUCUGCGAUGGACACAGCUGACGACGACCCGUUACGACGGUGGGUUUGCAGGAGGAGGUUGCUCUUCUGGACCUUGUGAUGCGAUGAUUCUUUCAUUCUUUUGGUCGGUGGCCCGUUUGAGCUGCUGAUUCUGACAGCCCUGGUCGGCGUCCAUGGUCGGGGAUUCUCUUAUGCUGCUGCUGCUGCUACCACCUGUUGAUAUUUUUAGGUGGUAGAUCCAGUACAUGAGGCUAAGUAGGGCUCCGGAUCAUAUGGGAUCUAUCCUUGUGCUUUGCGUCAAACUUCUUUGACCUAGAAAUUUUAACUUGGGUGAGUUCGGUUGGUAGGCUGUGCUUGUCUAUAAAAAAUGAUUUUCUGAGUUUGUAUUUGUGUUGGCUUAUCUUAUAUACGAACUUGUGCGUG